AUGGAGUGUGGGGGAGGAGAGGGAACAGACCUGGUGUUGGAGCCCAGUGGCCUGAAAGAAGCAGGAAGUUCGGCGGCGCGGCGGGCACCGCAGCCCCGGUCUGCGCCCCUCGCCGCCCGCCCCCGCAUCCUGCCCCGGAGUCUCCCGCGCCCAGACCCCCGCGUGACUGCAGGCUCGGCCCGCGCGGCGUGGAAGCAGCGGCGCGACUCGCUGUCCAAGGAGCCGCGGGCCCGGAGACGCCACCGGCCCGGCAAACUUGGACCGAGACCAGGACCAGGCGGGGGACCACAGGGCCUGAGGAGGAAGCUGAGGAUGAAGCUGAGCCCUCCACCGCACUGGCCCCUGUCCUGCUUCCUCGUGCUGCUGCCCUGGCCUCUGGCUAUGCCAACCUCAACGACCCCUUGGCAGUGCCCACCCGGGGAGGAGCCCGACCUGGACCUGGGGCAGGGCACAUUAUGCAGGUCCUGCCCCCUGGGCACCUUCUCAGCCUCGUGGGGCUCUAGCCCAUGCCAGUCCCACUCCCGCUGCAGCCUUCGAGGGAGGCUGGAGGCCCGGGCGGGCACAGUGACUCAAGACACACUAUGUGGAGACUGCCGGCCUGGGUGGUUUGCCCCGUCAGAGGUCCCCCGGGCUCCCUGUCGGCCAUGCUCCUGGACAGCGCUGGGUCCUCGCGGUUGUCAUGGGCGGAGAAGGCGGACCCGGCGUGGUGUGGAGGUAGCAGCAGGAGCCAGAGGCACCGGGGAGACUCGGCAGCCCGGGAACAGCACGCGGGCAGGCGGCCCCGAGGAGACAGCUGCCCCGUACGCCGUUAUUGCCAUCGUGCCCGUCUUCUGCCUCAUGGGGCUGCUGGGCAUCCUGGUGUGUAACCUGCUCAAGCGGAAGGGCUACCACUGCACUGCCAACAAGGAAGUCGGGCCCGGCCCUGGAGGUGGAGGCAGCGGGAACAACCCCGCCUACGGGGCUGAAGAUGCCAACGAGGACACCAUCGGGGUCCUGGUGCGCCUGAUCACAGAGAAGAAAGAGAACGCAGCGGCCCUGGAGGAGCUGCUGAAGGAGUAUCACAGCAAACAGCUGGUACAGACCAGCCACGGACCUGUGCCCAGGCCGCCGCCCGGACCCCCCAGCAUGCCGUACAUCUGUCCACAUCACCACCACCUCCACACCGUGCAGGGCCUGGCCUCGCUCUCUGGCCUCUGCUGCUCCCGUUGUAACCAGAAGUGGCCCGAGGUGCUGCUGUCCCCCGAGGCUGCGGCUGCCGCCGCUCCCACUAACAGACUCCUGCCCAACCCGGCCAGGGCUCCCAAGGCCGGGGCCAAGGCCGGACGCCAGGGCGAGAUCACCAUCUUGUCUGUGGGCAGGUUCCGCGUGGCCCGAAUUCCCGAGCAGCGGACAAAUUCAUGGGCCUCUGAGGUGAAGACCAUCACGGAGGUUGGGCCCUCAGUGGGUGACUUCACUGACUCCCCACAACCUGGCCUCCCCACUGAGCAGCGGGCACUACUGGGAAGUAGUGGGAGCCAUACUAAGUGGCCAAAGCCCCCAGCAGAGAAGAAGGCCGAGGAGAACCGCUACGUGGUCCGGCUAAGCGAGAGCAACCUGGUCAUCUGAGGGCGGUCUUGGCUGAGGACACUGCAGCCCUGUCCGGGGAGGUUCCGAAGGCUUCCUGGAGGAGGUGGAGCUGCAGCUGGGGCCUGCAAGGAUCAAGAAGCAAUGGCCCAGCAGACAAAACGGCAAAGGCUGGAGGUGGGAGUGUCUGCCCCAGUGAGGAGGCCGCGGCAGGCGCAGUACACAGGAGCAAGUUGAAAGCCACCCGACCCUGCCACCCAGUUCCUUCCCUGCAGGAUGCCCCUGACCCUGUGCUCUGGUCAGAUCCUAGGACCCAUAAGAUCCUCGGUACCACCAGGAGGCCAGGCCUCGAUGGGGGGAGGGGCCCUCUGCUUGGCACCCCCGGCCCCGCACCUUGGUAAUUGGCCACCUCCUGCCUUUGUCCAGGGCCCCAGAGCAGAUGUGCCUCCCCCUCCUCUUCCAGCAGGACCUGUGAAGGGAGGGGCAACAAAACGCCAUGGGCAGGGAGUCUGAAUCCCGGAUUCUAAUCCCUGGCAAGUCCCUGGGCCCACUUUUUCCGACUGUGAAGUCUCAGUGCCCAGGGCCUCUCCAGCUCCCUGCGGGCUCUGGGCUGUGUCGUGGGUGAGAGCUUACCUCCUUGCCACCCCUCCCACUAGUAGCUUUAUCUGGCCCCAUUUUUGCUGCUUCCAGGGCCUCUGCCUUCAAGGCCCCACGGGGCUGCCCAUCCAUGGCUCUGCCUACACAAGGGGCUUCAUGCAUGUGCCUGCCUCCUACCCUGCUGUUUGUAUUUAUUCAAAUCGAUACAACAGACUUGACCUGGGUGGGGCCCAGCCACCCCCAAGGUAUCCGGAGCUUUGGGGGAGGGUGUGUGACGGGCCGGAGAGGCACCUCUGCCGUAGGCGGUCUGUGUCCCUGUGGUGGUGGUGUGUCUGUCCCUUGGUGUGGGCAGUGCGGGCAGCUGCCACCCUGGCUCAGCAACCUGGUUAUUUAUGUGAGGCUGUGCAGGCACGGCCCACUGUUGUCCCAGUUCUUAUUUAUUGAAAUCGCUGUUGUCCUGUCCUUGCGUCUCCAUCCCCGUCCAUUUGUUGAAUAAAAUGGGAUAGUUGUGUCAUGAGAA